UGUGUACAGCGUCGUAGAGGAGUAGUUAAUAAUGAAAAAAAAAGGAAUUGGUCAUUUUCUUAUUUAUUGAAAAACUCAGAUGGGUCAUUUAAAUAUUGAAAAUAAUAGUUCUAUAAUUGUAUCUCCAUCAAAUAAUUCUAAACGAGAACCGUGGAACAAAAUAGAUGUAGAACCAAUUAAGUCUCAUAUAAAUUCAUUCAAUCCUUCAGUUGCACAUUAUAGAAGAGAACAUGCACCUUUAAAAAAAUAUUUGUCAAAUGAAAUUACAGUCACAUCUAUGUUGUCUGACUUUAAAGAAAAAAAUCCUGAUUUUAAGUGUUCAUAUGAUAUGUAUAGGCAAGUAUUAAAGAAAAUGAAUAUAUCAUUUACAAAACUUGGACAUGAAGAGUGUGAGUUAUGUGAAACUUUCUUUCAACAUGACCCAAAUCAUAAUAGACAUAAUUCUCAAGAAAACAGUGACUGUCAUGGAUGUAAAAAAUGGUAAUUUCAUUUUGAAAUGUACACAAACGCCCAUUAAACGCAUUAAAUAUGAUGAACAAUAAAAAAAAACCAAAAAUGGAGAUGAAUUGUAUGUAUCGGUCGACUUACAAAAAGUCAUCAUGUUACCAAGAAUGGACAAUUUCAAAGCUGCAAUUUUCACAAAGAGGGUCAUAGCAUUUAAUGAAAGUUUUGUUC